GCACUAUCCGGGCCCAUUCUGCCAGUGUUUUCGCCCUUGUCCCUCGCAAUCCUUACAUCCCAAGGCCCUCGCAACAAGACCCGAUCCAGCAACGUACCGAAACCAUGCAACACGCCCUAACAGCGUUAACCUCUCCAGUCCCUCCAUUGGCUCUAGCGAUCGUCCAGUCCUGGCCAAGCAGGUUUCGAAAGCCCUAAAUACAGCCCCUCGCAAUGACUAGAACCAUAUCUGCAACUGUGGCUUACUUACUUCUUGUACUUUCUUCGCAACAGCGAAAUUACCUGUAUUUAUUCCUGUCUUGCUUUGUUUUCAUGUACGGUAGUUUCCUUCUUCACUUUAUGGUUUUCCAAAUGUUCUGCUUGGAAGGUCUUAUGGGGCGCUCAAUAUUAACGAUUUCAUCAUGUAUGGACCGAACCUUUUCUCGGGUUUUUGAUGGCUGGUCGGAGUUAUCUGCAGCGUUUACAGGUGGGUUUGUUUUCAGAGGAACUAUUGGCGCAACCGGUAAAAAUGCAAUUGAGAUAUGGCUGUAGUGCGACAUGUAGAAUUAGCAAUGAAUCAUAGCUUGAAAUAUCUUACCCAAAUUGAGAAGUUCGUAUCGAG